AUGACAAAAAUAUUCUCCAAGAAAAAAAGCAGCACAUCGCCGCUCAACGAGCGCGAUAGACCCAAGCCCUCAUGGUGGACACGAGCACUAUCCAGUCCGGCGCCAGAUACCGCGUCGUCGCAGGGUUCGAUCUCGAGGGAUUCGACGUUUACGGCUGCGAGUUCGGUGUCGACGGGGCCGAGAGGGAGUCGGGUUUGGGGUGAUGAGGAGAAGGAUGUUUUGAUGGGGGAUGGGGAUGGAGAGGAGGAGGAGGGGUUUAGUGGAAAACUCGGCAACGAAAUAGUAAAAAUCUACGCCGGUCCCUCAUCCCACCUAAUCAUCGUCCACCACGCCAUCCUCUGCGCCAAAAUCCCCUUAUUCGUCGACGUAUUCGCCAAAUGGGAAGGCGGCGCAGACCCCUACAUGAUGUUCCCACACGACGAUGCGACUGCCUUUGAGGUGCUCAUCGAAUGGGUAUACACUGGUCGACUCCGUCCAAUUCAUGCCGUCCCGUCUUCCCCGUCCCAAAAACUGGCGUGGGAUCCGCUGGCGUUGUAUUUACUGGCGAGUAAAUUCCUCCUCCCGGUUCUGCAGGAUAAGAUAAUGGAUAUCUGGGUCCUCCAACUCAGCAAGCGCACCCCGAGUCCGGACCAAGCUCGUCUCGUGUACGCGCAAACGCCGCCUGAUUCACCACCCAGACGCCUUCUAGCGCAGUGUGUAGCCGGCAUUAUCGUAUCUCAGCAUAGACUAAAACUGGAGGACGUGCAGGCGGGCUGGAGUAUUGGUGAUAGCACGGCGUUGAUUGGGGAUGAGCCGGACUUACUGAACGAUGUGUUGGCGGUGCUGAAGACGUAUCCGGUUGAUGUUGAUAAAGGGGUGUUUGGGGUUCCCGGGUGUUAUUUUCAUGGGCAUGCGGAGGGAGCGUGUUAUAAGAGGAAAUUGUUGGAUACGAAGACGGUUUCGGAAGCGGGGUCUUCGAGGGGACAUAGUUCGUCUUUUGGGUCGGGGAAGGAGAGGGUUGUUGCUAGUCCGAGGGGUUGGUCGGUUGGUAAGAUUUCUGGGGGUUUGUGA